GCUCCCUGCCUUUUGAGCUGGAGCGGGGAAGGCUUCCACGUGGGGAUCUUCGUAGGCUCUUCCAUGAGCUGUCCCUAGGUCGCGGUCUCUGAACACAGCCUGCCUGCUCUCAGAGGCCACAGACCCUUUCCUCUCUACCACUCGCCAUGCAAAGCACGCCGUGUCUGUCUGAACAGCACCCUUGGCCUGGCAGAUCACCGUCGGACGCCCGCGAGGGUUGGGUCUGCAGGCGGAUACCCAGCAGCUGCCUCCUGCCAGCAGCCCCGGGCUGCCUGUCCGAAGGGACGGCGUGCUUUCAUCCCUGGUGCUCAGCGAAGUGGGAGCAGAGGGCGACCAUCGAUGAAGUGGAAACAGAUGUGGUGGAGAUAGAAGCGAAGCUUGACAAGCUGGUGAAGCUAUGCAGUGGGAUGAUUGAAGCAGGCAAGGCCUACAUCACCACAAACAAGCACUUUGUCAGCGGAGUCCGGGACUUGUCGCAGCAGUGCAAGAAGGAUGAAAUGAUUUCGGAGUGCCUCGACAAAUUUGGAGACAGUCUGCAGGAAAUGAUCAACUACCACAUGAUCCUGUUUGACCAGGCUCAGAGGUCUGUCCGGCAGCAGCUGCACAACUUUGUGAAAGAUGACGUCCGGAAGUUCAAGGAAACCAAGAAGCAGUUUGACAAGGUACGAGAAGACAUGGAGAUUUCGCUGGUAAAGAAUGCCCAGGCACCUCGGCACAAGCCCCACGAAGUGGAGGAGGCAACGGGCACCCUGACCAUAACCAGAAAGUGCUUUCGGCACCUGGCCCUGGACUACGUGUUGCAGAUCAACGUCCUGCAGGCCAAGAAGAAGUUUGAAAUCCUGGAUGCGAUGCUGUCCUUCAUGCACGCCCAGUACACCUUCUUCCAGCAGGGCUACAGUCUUCUCCAUGAACUGGACCCCUACAUGAAGAAGCUUGCCACAGAGCUCGACCAGCUGGUGAUUGAUUCUGCAGUGGAGAAGAGGGAGAUGGAGCAUAAGCACGCGCUGAUACAGCAGAGGACCCUCCUGCAGGACUUCUCCUACGAUGACUCAAAGGUGGAGUUUAACGUCGAUGCCCCAAAUGGAGUGGUAAUGGAAGGCUACCUCUUCAAGAGAGCUAGCAAUGCGUUCAAAACAUGGAAUCGGAGGUGGUUCUCCAUACAAAACAGCCAGCUGGUGUACCAGAAAAAGCUAAAGGAUGUCCUCACAGUAGUGGUGGAAGACCUGCGGCUCUGUACUGUCAAGCCAUGUGAAGAUAUAGAGAGGAGGUUUUGCUUUGAGGUCGUCUCACCUACCAAGAGCUGCAUGUUGCAGGCUGACUCGGAGAAGCUGCGUCAGGCCUGGAUUCAGGCUGUUCAAGCCAGCAUUGCUUCUGCAUACCGGGAGAGUCCUGACAGCUACUACAUUGAAAGACUGGACCGGACUGCUUCCCCAUCAACUAGCAGCAUUGAUUCUGCUACCGACUCGCGGGAUCGCAACGUGAAAGGGGAGACCAUCUUGCAGAGGGUGCAGAGCAUCCCUGGGAACGACCAGUGCUGUGACUGCGGUCAGCCAGAUCCCCGCUGGGCCAGCAUCAACCUGGGCAUCCUGCUGUGCAUCGAGUGCUCUGGUAUCCACAGGAGUCUGGGUGUUCACUGCUCCAAAGUCCGAUCUCUCACGCUGGACUCCUGGGAGCCAGAGUUACUGAAACUGAUGUGUGAGCUGGGGAACAGCACCAUGAAUCAGAUUUACGAGGCGCAGUGUGAAGAGUUGGGACUUAAGAAACCGACAGCAGGGAGCUCCAGGCAGGACAAGGAAGCCUGGAUCAAGGUGAAGUACGUGGAGAAGAAAUUCCUGAAGAAGCUGCCAAAUGGGGAGGCUCUGGCAGAGAACGAGCGGAAACCUCGACGCUGGUGUGUGAAGAAGUGCCAGAGGCACAACAGCGCCACGAAAGCACCCACAGCUCGUAGGAAGUACCGCCACGAAGCAGGCAACGCAUCGCCAGCCAUGUUGUCGUCAGCAGCCACGCUGGAGAGGAAGUUCCGUCGAGAUUCCCUCUUCUGCCCCGAUGAACUGGACUCUCUCUUCUCCUACUUCGACACUGGUGCUGGCUCUGGCCCACGCAGUCUGAGCAGUGACAGCGGGCUUGGGGGAAGCACGGACGGCAGCACGGAUAUCCUGGUGUUUGGCUCCGUGGUGGACAGCGUGACGGAGGAAGAGUGCGAGGUGUCGGAGGAGUCGAGUGGUGAAGCAGAGAUUGAGCAGGAGGCAUCAGAUUUGGAGGACCUGCGGGAGCUGCAUCCUGGCUUGUUGGUCUACAAGGCGGCACAAGCCCGAAACCUGCCACUCAUGGCAGAAGCCCUGGCUCAUGGUGCUGAAGUCAACUGGGUGAACGAUGAAGAUGAAAACAAAACUCCUCUGAUUCAAGCCGUGAUGGGGGGCUCCUUGAUAGCCUGUGAAUUCCUGCUGCAGAACGGGGCAGAUGUUAACCAAAGAGACAGCCGAGGCCGGGCUCCCUUGCACCAUGCCACGUACCUGGGGCACACUGGCCAGGUCUGCUUGUUCCUCAAGCGAGGGGCGAACCAGCAUGCAGUGGACAGCGACGGGCAGGACCCGCUAAGUAUCGCAGUCCAGGCGGCCAACGCAGACAUCGUUACCUUGCUGCGUUUGGCUCGAAUGAAUGAGGAAAUGCGAGAAGCAGAGGGCCCCUUUGGACAACCAGGUCAAUAUCCCAGCAACAGCCCUACUGAGCUCCAGUACAGGAAGUGUAUACAAGAGUUCAUCAGCCUUAACAUAGAUGAGUGUUAGUGACAACUCCCCCACCUCCCCUUUGCAGUCUUGAAGUGGGGCCGGAUUUCUGGAAGCCCCGAGAGCCCCAUCCUUGGUAUAUUGGUGUUUCUUGCAGAUUGGUCUGUUUUUGAUGCCUGCGCAUAUAGGUUGAGAUGCGUGCAGGAAGGAAAAGGGAUCUUUCCUGCUAGCAUAAAGUUCUCAUGCUUGACUACUGGAUGGUUGAUUUUCGUGUAGGAGAUUCUUAGGGCAUAACCACAGACCAUGGCGUGUGAACUCGAGUGUGUGAAAAGUAUGGGAGAAGAGUUUAGCAUUAAACAAAACAAAACAAAACAAAAAAAAAAGAAAAAAAGAAAGAAGAAAAGGAAACCCUCUAUCACCAGGAGAAGCCCGCCAACAAUAGGGUCAGACGAACCUCUCGUGUCUCUGUUUCGGUGCAGUCACCACGCGCUGAAUUCUCGUCUGAACAGUUUGGAAGGGAUUCUGACGGGGAGCCCUCUCCUGGCAGUGCGACCAGCAGCCUGCUCUCUCCUGGGACUCUGCAGCAUCUGGGAGCUGCUGGGGCCAGUUUAGAAAACUCAAAUGCGACCUCUAAGUCGGCAACAGGCUGUUUCGUGGGGCAGGUGCUUCGCUGCACAGCAGAAGGGGUAGAAUUGAGAGCCAUGGCUACCCACCUCACUUGCUCUCAGGACUAUUACCAGCCACGCUCCCCAUUUUUUGGCCUUGGUGGUUAGCUGGUCAAAGCCAUAGCUCACCUGCUUCCUGGGCCGGGAUGCGCUCUGCCCAUGGUAUGAAGCAGCAAUGCUAACUUUUUUGAGGCUGGGAGAAGCUUGUCGCUGGCGAUGGGCUUUUCUGUCAGGGAAGAAAAGCCAAGUCCAACUGCCACUGCCAAGCUGGCUGGCCGCACGAUGCAAUUUGGUUUGGUUUGUUUCCCGGUCACCGUAUUUCUGACUCAGUGUCUCUGUGAAGGAGACUUCUACCUGCAUGUGUAUCCCCUGUGCUCACCCCGCAUGCUGAAGCAUGUGAGCAGGGCAUCUCAGCAGCUGGCCCGGGGACUUCUGCGUUUCCCAGUUCCAAGGACCAGCAGAAUCUUCUUUUCUUUCUUUCCUUUUCCUGGUAUUAUUCUUUGCCGGAGUGGGGGAAUGUGUUUCUACUCAGAGCACUUUGUUGCUGGUGUUUAUGGUCUGUUACGGGGGUCAUGCUACAGUAGCCCUGCAGAGAUGGUGCAGCCAGGUGCUCCUAUCUCAGGAGGGCUUACCGAGCAUGGGUACCUCCGCCAGAUCCUCCUCUGGCUGGGAACUUGGAUGCCAAGCUGAGAUGUGCUCCUGCAAGAGCCGCUUCAGAACGCCCUCAAACUGCUGUUGGCAUCAGAAUUUUUCAGGACUCGUGGGCGGCAGCCCACAGCUGGUAUUCAGUCUGCCUGGGCACCUCAGCUGCUGGCUCUGGGGUUGGGCCACUGUGCCUUACAGAUAGUGCUGGGAUCCUGAAGGGGUCAGGAUCUCAUGAGGAACACAAAUACCAGGCAGAGUUCCCCGUCCUCCUGCGUUACAUCAGCAGUGAUACACAAUCAUACUAUUUUUCAUCCACUCUUUUGACUUCCUUUCUUUGUAAACUGGCUGGUGUCUUGCUGCAGCCCUUGGGGGGUCAAACCUUUGCAGGUUUAUUUCUAUCCUCAGAUACCAGAAGAGCCCAGCUCCUCGCUUGAGAUGGUGCCCUCAGACUGGUCCAGCAGUGCUCAGAGUGCGCCCGUGUGUCUGCAAGUGGAACGAAAAAGAAGCUCCCCUUAGGCUCUGGUAGUUGUCCCCUCGGUUCAAGGGAGUGUCCCUGCUUCCCUCGGGAAGUGCUGCCCCACAUCCUGCUGCAGACAGAUCACCAUUUUCUGUCUCUGCAGUCUGGGGCUUGAAUUCCAUCUUUCUCUUGUGGCUUUCUCAUUCCCGUUCUCUCCUGAAGCUGCGGGAUGCCCGGUGCCAAGUUCUGAGCUCAGUUCCAGUUGUCUGUUGUGAGCCCGAAAUAGUCCCAGUGACCGUGUUGGAACUGCUGCAGCUCAGUGGCGGCGCAGAAUCCGGUCCCAGGGCCUUUCUUUCGUCCCUAAGCCAUAAACAAUCUCCUUCCACCAAUCUUUAAAGAAUUAAUGAGCUUGGCCCCCUCAGCCUUUUUACCCCUGGCAAUGCCUUUCGCUGCAUCUUCUCCAUCAUUCCACCCCUCCUGCCUCGAGGACCAGGCUCUGUACCUGCACCCAGCACGCAGACUGGCUUUCUCCUUUCUCAGCUGCUCAAUGCCUGGUCUGAAACUUUCAUCCUUAACCAGGCAAUGCUCCCUCUGCCCUCCGUGAGUUGGGGCUGUAGGAUGUGCCCUUACCUGCCCUCUGCCAAGUGUUCGCUGGGUCUGGGCCGUGUUCUGAUCAGCCGUGACACCCUCAGGAGUGAUGCAGAACUGCAUGCAGGACAAAGCAGCGCGGCAUAAACCGCUGGGAUGUCUGUAUCCUUUGUUCAGAGGGGGAUUUCUCCGGGAGCAGGGACCACGCUCCGAUCGUGGCUGACUCGGGCAUGUGCCCCUGGGGGUGAUGCCAAAUGCAGGUGGACGUGUGCUGUUGCUGCAGUGCUGCUACAUCAUCUCCCUCAGCUCGCAUUUAAUAUGCCCAGGGUUAAAUCUCUUUCUGCCUGAUACCCGUGAGGGUAGAGCCAGCAUCGCUGCCCAUCAGUGGUUUUGUGCAGGAUUACAGAACGUUGCUACUUCACAUUCUCCUGGAGCUUCAUCUUUCCUUUGCGCUGGUUUUCUUCCUGGUCCAAGUCACCCCAAGUUUACGGGGGCUCCCCCUCGGAGCAGUGGUGCCUUUCACUUGUGUCACUGCCUUGCUGGACACCCUCGUGAGCUCAGCCUGCUUGCUCUGCAGCCAGUGGCUGGCUGAGCCCUUCCGCAGGGCAGCACCGUGCUCAUGGUUAGAUCACCGCGUGGCAUCCAGAUCAGUGCUUGAGUGCUCAGUACAGGACAGGGACCAGUAUGCAGACAAGAACCGUCUUUUCUGCCUGGGUCAGGAACUGGGAGACCCUCUGUAAUGAAUUCUCUUGAAAAUCCCAGCCCGUUUUAUGCUUACUGCAUCUGAUGAGAUGUUUGUCAGAGCUGAUGUGGUUCCCCUCAAGUUGUGGCCUUUUCCAGAAGGCCACACUGAAUCUUCCAGGCAUCUUCCAGGGUACUUCAGAGAUCGUGGAAGUGGAACAGAUGUCUCACCACCACCACGGUCCUAUUCUGUUAAGGAACUUCAGCAUGAUUGUCAUCUAGCAACGUUUUCCACGUGCACAGCAACUUAAAACACCCCAGUUGGUUUUCCGGCUUCUUAGGAGAAGUUAGGAAUAGGCCUGAUCCUUUCUGUAAGCCAAGGAGGACUGGAGACGUGGCUUCCACUUUGGGUCAUUUUAUUUCACAGUCGGCAUGAGUGACUCAUGAGAACAAAACAAGAACCGGGUACAGUUAGGUCCAGUGAAGCUCAGACUUACUGCUGAAGUACAUGAAGUUAAAGCGUGUGUAAAUACUGAUGCAAAAAGCAGUGUCUUGCAAGACAAUUUAUUUAACGUGUAUUGGUACUUUAUUUAGAUUCAAUGUAUAAAGCAACUUUGUGCACUUUUCCUACAUACAGUAUUGGGGGGUUUUAUGUUCUUUUGUUAUGGAUUUUGUGCUGUCUUUUUUAAUCAGUGGAAUUGUUAAGUAUUUAAUUUAUUAUUGAUGCGCCCAGAGGACUAGUGCAAUUUUUAUUCAAUACAGUUUGUCUGUAUUUAAUGUCAGGAUUUUUUUGUAGCAUUGUUAGGGAAUAUUUUUCAAAACCUGCCUUUUUUUUCCCCGCAGCUCUCCUCUUCCCCCUUCCCCACCCCCCUUUUCUCUUCUAUUUUCAUUAUACAGAUGACGAGGCAUGAAAUGCCUCUAGUUUGUAAUAUAAUCAACCACUUUAGUACAUCCUGCAGUUUCUAAACAAAAAAGGUUCUCCAGGAAAAAAUGCUAAGGAGGCACUUCUCAUUGGUUUGUGUUUGAUUUAUUAGGUUGGGGUGUGUAUGUGUGCGUGCCUAGAGCUUUGGAGGGGGGAGUGGGGAAGUUGUACAUAAAAUUUGUUUUCAGCAAAAUAAAUGGCCAACUGGGCUACAGGGAAGGCUA